AUGGCCCCAGCAGCGCCUCCGGCCGCGCCAUCGUACCGCCGCUUCGUCGUCGGCACCAAGAACGCCUGCAAGAUCGCGGGCCUGCGGGCGGCACUUGAAGAGGCCGGGCCUGAGGGCCGCGUUCUCAGCCUCGUGGGCAGCGUGGCGGUCGAAGGCCUUGCCGUCCCGGCAGCGUUCGCGGCGGCCGAGGCCAGCGGCGUAGAUGGGAGGGUGCUGUCGUUUGGAAUAGAGUCGGGCGUCUAUGUUGUUGGUGGGAAUGCAUUCGACAAUGUUGGGGGGCGCAUUCGAAUGUUCGACACGUGCUGCUGCUGCGCCUUUGACGGGGAGCACAUCGCGGUUGGCUGGUCCUGCGCCUUCGAGAUUCCACCAAAGGUGGCGAGCUUCCUCACGAGCACCGACCCCGACCUUCGAGCGCCGGACCUCACCGUGGCGUGCAACAAGGCGGGCCUCGCCGCCGACCCGAAGCUCGGAGAGAGCAUCGGCUGCAUCGGCGUGCUGAGCAGAGGGCGCGCAAACCGGCGUGUCGCGCAGCGCUUAUCGGUGUGGAGCGCAGAGACUGGUACUGAGAUUGCUGGUGUGCACGGACUGAGGUUGCCGUGGCAAGGGCAGCACGGCAGGAGGCAGCAGCAGUGA